AUGUGGGCUUCUCCAAAUUACAUCAACAAAAAUCGUAAUAUCAAUGGAUGCUCAUGGUGUGAUGAUUUAAUCUCACCAAUUAUAUUUUUUUGUCAUUUAAUGUUAACACGAACAUUGCUAGGAUGGAGAAAUUCUCAAUCAAUUAAAAAAAGGAAUGGUGAAAUCGACCCAUCUUGGUACCCAGAUUAUAUGUGGUACUUGGUUGUUGAGAAUUCAUAUUAUUUAUUUGAAGUAUUUUUCAGAGAGGUUUCCUAUGGCCCAAGAGCCAAAGGAAGUUCAUUAAUUAAACACAUUAACAAUGACAGAUCAAGAUUAGCCAAAAUGGCAAAAGAGUCAUGGAACAACUACAGUCAUAAACCUUUUUUCACAAUGAAAAAAAUAUUAAAAAUUCAUCUCCCAGUAAUUCAACAACUUCAUUUUAAAAAUUCAAAAGUACUUGAAUUGAUCAAAACUCUAAAAACUCUCUGA